AUGUCUUUAGAAAUGUCUACUACAGUUAAAAAAUGUGUUAAAUGUUCUGAACCAGGACCUUUUUAUGGAUUUGAUUCAAAAAGAGCAACUUAUUGCAAAGAUCAUUUUGUAAUAAUGGUAAAACAAAAAUUCUUUUUUGCACUUGGUAAAAAUCGAGUUUUCAAAGAUGGAAAAAGUAGAAAUCCUCUUAUAAUUUUUAAAGGAGAUACAAAUUCUUCAUUUCUAAUUGGAAUUAUUUCUGAAGGAAAAUCAAAAACUCCAUAUAAAAAGAUAGAUAUUGAUCCUACAAUUAUAGCAGUAACUGAUGCUGAAAAUUUAGAAGAUGUUGAAAAUUUUUACCAAAAAACAAAAGAAUCAUUUAAAACUACAAAUUGGCCAUUACAUUUUGUUCAUCUUGCUUUUAUUUUUAAUGAUAGUUUUAAUGAUAGGGAGGAAACCGUUUUAGGAAUUGAUAAAAUAACACAAUUAACUAAAUUUUACAGUUUAUUUAGGACACCAUCUGCAAAAAUUGAAAUAAAACGUAUCUUAUGGGAUUUACUUUAUUUUAAGCUAGGAAAAUCAUUUAAUUCUGACAAAAUUCUUCUACCAUAUUGUUCAGAUGAAUUAGGGAGAAUAACAUGCAAUGCUUUAUGUUUUGGACGAGGAUCUUCUAUAGGACAUUUAACAGAAAUUGUAGAUAACAGAUUUGAAGGGGUUUCUUUGAUAAGGCCCUUACAUGAUAUAUCACAAAAAGAGAUUAAUUCAACAUUAAGUUUUGAACUAUUUACCAAUUGGAAAAUUUAUGAAAACGAAGUUUUUAAUAAUAUAUAUUCAAAUACAAUCCAAAAUUGUAAUAAUCUCUUCUUAGAUUCUCUUAUUUAUACCGGUUUUCCUGCAACAAUUCCCACAUUACUUUCCAUAUCAGGGAAAGUAAGACCUAAUAUUGAAAAUAAUAUAUCGGCUUGUAAAUUAUGUUAUAUUAAAUAUGAUUCACGUGAUGAAACUCAAAUCAUGUGCCGAGCAUGCUUUGAUUUUAUAGAUGCAGAGUUGGAACCUAAUGUAGAGUCCCGAGAAAUAGAAGAUUAG